GGAAAGGAGGGGUGUUAAGGGGGGCGGGGGAAGUCAUUUAUGCAGAGCAGGAGCUGCUGCCAUUGCCACUCAGAAUCCCCGCGCGCUGCUCAGAGCCGGAGGGAGCGCUGGGAGCGAGCAAGCGAGCGCUCGGAGCCCGGGCCAGCAGAGGGGGCGCCCGGUCGCUGCCUGUACCGCUCCCGCUGGCCAUCUCCGCCGCGCUCGGGGCCCCGGGAGGAGCGAGACCGAGUCGGAGAGUCCGGGAGCCGAGCCGGGCGAAACCCAACUGCGGAGGACGCCCGCCCCACUCAGCCGCCUCCUGCGCCCGAGCCGGGGAGCAUCGCCGAGCGCCCCGCGGGCCGGAGAGCUGGGAGCACAGGUCCCCGAAGCCCCAGGGAUGGUCUAGGAGCCGGCGCAAGGCUCGCUGCUCUGCUCCCUGCCGGGGCUAGCCGCCUCCUGCCGAUCGCCCAGGGCUGCGAGCUGCGGCGGCCCAGGGCUGCGCGCCGGGCGGCCCAGGCCGGAGAAGUUAGUUGUGCGCGCCCUUAGUGCGCUGAGCCAGCCAGCGAGCGAGGGAGCAGCGAGGCGCCGGGACCAUGGGCUGGGGGAGCCGCUGCUGCUGCCCGGGACGUUUGGACCUGCUGUGCGUGCUGGCGCUGCUCGGGGGCUGCCUGCUCCCCGUGUGCCGGACGCGCGUCUACACAAACCACUGGGCAGUCAAAAUCGCCGGGGGCUUCCCGGAGGCCAACCGUAUCGCCAGCAAGUACGGAUUCAUCAACAUAGGACAGAUAGGGGCCCUGAAGGACUACUACCACUUCUACCAUAGCAGGACGAUUAAAAGGUCAGUUAUCUCAAGCAGAGGGAACCACAGUUUCAUUUCAAUGGAACCAAAGGUGGAAUGGAUCCAACAGCAAGUGGUAAAAAAGCGGACAAAGAGGGAUUAUGACUUCAGUCGUGCCCAGUCUACCUAUUUCAAUGAUCCCAAGUGGCCCAGCAUGUGGUAUAUGCACUGCAGUGACAAUACGCAUCCCUGCCAGUCUGACAUGAAUAUCGAAGGAGCCUGGAAGAGAGGCUACACGGGAAAGAACAUUGUGGUCACUAUUCUGGAUGACGGAAUUGAGAGAACCCAUCCAGAUCUGAUGCAAAACUACGAUGCUCUGGCAAGUUGCGACGUGAAUGGGAAUGACUUGGACCCAAUGCCCCGUUAUGAUGCAAGCAACGAGAACAAGCACGGGACUCGCUGUGCUGGGGAAGUGGCAGCCGCUGCAAACAAUUCGCACUGCACAGUCGGAAUUGCUUUCAACGCCAAGAUCGGAGGAGUGCGAAUGCUGGACGGAGAUGUCACGGACAUGGUUGAAGCAAAAUCAGUUAGCUUCAACCCCCAGCACGUGCACAUUUACAGCGCCAGCUGGGGCCCGGAUGAUGAUGGCAAGACUGUGGACGGACCAGCCCCCCUCACCCGGCAAGCCUUUGAAAACGGCGUUAGAAUGGGGCGGAGAGGCCUCGGCUCUGUGUUUGUUUGGGCAUCUGGAAAUGGCGGAAGGAGCAAAGACCACUGCUCCUGUGAUGGCUACACCAACAGCAUCUACACCAUCUCCAUCAGCAGCACUGCAGAAAGCGGAAAGAAACCUUGGUACCUGGAAGAGUGCUCAUCCACGCUGGCCACAACCUACAGCAGCGGGGAGUCCUACGAUAAGAAAAUUAUCACUACAGAUCUGAGGCAGCGUUGCACGGACAACCACACUGGGACGUCGGCCUCAGCCCCCAUGGCUGCAGGCAUCAUUGCACUGGCCCUGGAAGCCAAUCCGUUUCUGACCUGGAGAGACGUACAGCAUGUUAUUGUCAGGACUUCCCGUGCGGGACAUUUGAACGCUAAUGACUGGAAAACCAAUGCUGCUGGUUUUAAGGUGAGCCAUCUAUAUGGAUUUGGACUGAUGGAUGCAGAAGCCAUGGUGAUGGAGGCAGAGAAGUGGACCACCGUUCCCCGGCAGCACGUGUGUGUGGAGAGCACAGACCGACAAAUCAAGACAAUCCGCCCUAACAGUGCAGUGCGCUCCAUCUACAAAGCUUCGGGCUGCUCGGAUAACCCCAACCGCCAUGUCAACUACCUGGAGCAUGUCGUUGUGCGCAUCACCAUCACCCACCCCAGGAGAGGAGACCUGGCCAUCUACCUGACCUCGCCCUCGGGAACUAGGUCUCAGCUUUUGGCCAACAGGCUAUUUGAUCAUUCCAUGGAAGGAUUUAAAAACUGGGAGUUCAUGACCAUUCAUUGCUGGGGGGAAAGAGCUGCUGGUGACUGGGUCCUUGAAGUUUAUGAUACUCCCUCUCAGCUAAGGAACUUUAAGACUCCAGGUAAAUUGAAAGAAUGGUCUUUGGUCCUCUAUGGCACCUCCGUGCAGCCAUAUUCACCAACCAAUGAGUUUCCUAAAGUGGAACGGUUCCGCUAUAGCCGAGUUGAAGACCCCACAGACGACUAUGGCACAGAGGAUUAUGCAGGUCCCUGCGACCCUGAGUGCAGUGAGGUUGGCUGUGACGGGCCAGGACCAGACCACUGCAAUGACUGUUUGCACUACUACUACAAGCUGAAAAACAAUACCAGGAUCUGUGUCUCCAGCUGCCCCCCUGGCCACUACCACGCCGACAAGAAGCGCUGCAGGAAGUGUGCUCCCAACUGUGAGUCCUGCUUCGGGAGCCAUGGUGAGCAGUGCCUGUCCUGCAAAUAUGGAUACUUUCUGAAUGAAGAAACCAACAGCUGUGUUACUCACUGCCCUGAUGGGUCAUAUCAGGAUACCAAAAAAAAUCUUUGCCGGAAAUGCAGUGAAAACUGCAAGACAUGUACUGAAUUCCAUAACUGUACAGAAUGUAGGGAUGGGUUAAGCCUGCAGGGAUCCCGGUGUUCUGUCUCCUGUGAAGACGGACGGUACUUCAAUGGCCAGGACUGCCAGCCCUGCCACCGCUUCUGCGCCACUUGUGCUGGGGCAGGAGCUGAUGGGUGCAUUAACUGCACAGAGGGCUACUUCAUGGAGGAUGGGAGAUGCGUGCAGAGCUGUAGUAUCAGCUAUUACUUUGACCACUCUUCAGAGAAUGGAUACAAAUCCUGCAAAAAAUGUGAUACCAGUUGUUUGACGUGCAAUGGCCCAGGAUUCAAGAACUGUACAAGCUGCCCCAGUGGGUAUCUCUUAGACUUAGGAAUGUGUCAAAUGGGAGCCAUUUGCAAGGAUGGAGAAUACGUUGAUGACCAUGGCCACUGCCAGACCUGUGAGGCCUCAUGUGCCAAGUGCCGGGGACCAACCCAGGAAGACUGCACUACCUGCCCCAUGACAAGGAUUCUUGAUGAUGGCCGCUGUGUUUCCAACUGUCCCUCACAGAAAUUUGAAUUUGAGAACCAAUGCCAUCCAUGCCACCACACCUGCCAGAGAUGCCAAGGAAGCGGCCCUACCCACUGCACGUCCUGUGAAGCAGACAACUAUGGCCGAGAGUACUUCCUAUACCAGGGAGAGUGUCGAGAGAGCUGCCCAGAGGGCCACUAUGCCACUGAAGGGAAUACCUGCCUGCCCUGCCCAGACAACUGUGAGCUUUGCCACAACAUGCACAUCUGCACAAGAUGCACAAGGGGCUACUUCAUAGCGCCCACCAACCACACGUGCCAGAAGUUGGAGUGUGGACAAGGUGAAGUCCAAGACCCAGACUAUGAAGAAUGUGUCCCUUGUGAAGAAGGAUGUCUGGGAUGCAGCCUGGAUGAUCCAGGAACGUGCACAUCUUGCGCUAUGGGGUAUUACAGGUUUGAUCAGCAUUGUUAUAAAACCUGUCCUGAGAAGACCUACAGUGAGGAACUGGAAUGCAAGGCAUGCGAUAGUAACUGUGGCAGCUGUGACCAGAAUGGGUGUUACUGGUGUGAAGAGGGCUUCUUUCUCUUGGGUGGCAGUUGUGUGAGGAAAUGUGGCCCUGGAUUCUAUGGUGACCAAGAAAUGGGAGAAUGUGAGCCCUGCCACCGAGAGUGCGAAACCUGCACAGGCCCUGGUCAUGACGAGUGCAGCAGCUGCCGGGAAGGACUGCAGCCGCUGCGUGGGGUGUGCGUGCGUGCCACCCAGACCCAGGAGGAGGGCAAAUUCUGGAAUGAUACUUUGAGAAAAUCCCAGCCUUGUCAUUCUUCUUGUAAAACCUGCAAUGGAUCUGCAACUCUGUGCACUUCAUGUCCCAAAGGUGCAUAUCUUUUGGCUCAGGCCUGUGUUUCCUCCUGUCCCCAAGGCACAUGGCCUUCCGUAAGGAGCAGGAGCUGCGAGAACUGUUCGGAGGCCUGUGCCGUCUGCUCUGGAGCCGAUCUUUGCAAAAAGUGCCGGAUGCAGCUGGGCCUCCCUCUCUUCCUCCAUGAAGGCAGGUGCUACUCCAAGUGCCCGGAGGGCUCUUACGCAGAAGAUGGCGUAUGUGAACGUUGUAGCUCUCCUUGCAGAACGUGUGACGGAAACACCACCAACUGCCAUUCUUGUGAAGGAGGCCUCGUCCUGCACCACGGAGUGUGCCAGGAAACCUGCCCUGAGAGGCACGUGGCUGUGGAGGGGGUGUGCAAGAAUUGUCCAGAGAUGUGUCAGGACUGCAUCCAUGAGAAAACAUGCAAAGAGUGCAUGCCUGAGUUCUUCCUGCAUGAUGAUAUGUGCCACCAGUCCUGUCCCCGUGGCUUCUACUCAGACUCGCGCCACUGUGUCCCCUGCCAUAAAGACUGUCUGGAGUGCAGUGGCCCCAAAGUCGACGACUGCGAGCUCUGUCGUGAGAGUUCCUGGGUCCUCUAUGAUGGGCUGUGCUUGGAGGAGUGUCCAGCAGGAACCUAUUAUGAAAAAGAGACUAACGAGUGCAGAGAUUGUCACAAGUCCUGCUUGACCUGCUCAUCGUCUGGGACCUGCACCACCUGUCAGAAAGGCCUGAGGAUGAACCCUCAUGGGAGCUGCCUGGCCAACAAGAAAUGUGGUCCCUCCGAGUACUGGGAUGAGGAUGCUCCCAGGUGCAAGCCCUGCCACACUAAGUGCUUCCACUGCACGGGGCCGGCGGAGGACCAGUGUCAAACAUGCCCCAGGGUCAGCCUUCUUCUCAACACAACCUGUGUGAAGGACUGCCCAGAGGGCUAUUAUGCCGAUGAGGACAGCCACCAGUGUGCCCGCUGCCACAGCUCUUGCGGGACAUGUGAAGGGAGACACAGCAGGCAGUGCCACUCCUGCCGACCAGGCUGGUUCCAGCUGGGAAAAGAGUGCCUGCUCCAGUGCAGGGAAGGGUAUUACGCAGACAACUCCACCGGCCAGUGUGAGAGGUGCCACAGGAUCUGCAAGGGGUGCCGGGGCCCACGGCCCACAGACUGCCUGUCUUGCGAGAGAUUUUUCUUUCUGCUCCGCUCCAAAGGAGAGUGUCGUCCCUCCUGCCCAGACCAUUACUAUGUAGAGCAAAGCACACAGACCUGUGAGAGAUGCCAUCCGACUUGUGGUCAAUGCAAAGGAAAAGGAGCGUUGAAUUGCUUAUCCUGUGUGUGGAGUUACCACCUCAUGGGAGGGAUCUGCACCUCAGACUGUCUUGUUGGGGAAUACAGAGUGGGAGAGGGAGAGAAGUUUAACUGUGAAAAAUGCCACGAGAGCUGCAUGGAAUGCAAGGGACCAGGGGCCAAGAACUGCACCUUGUGCCCCGCCAACCUGGUGCUGCACAUGGACGACAGCCGCUGCCUCCACUGCUGCAACACCUCCGAUCCCACCAGUGCCCAGGAGUGCUGCGACUGCCAGGACACCACGGAAGAGUGCAUCCUUCGAACAAGCAAGGUUAGGCCUGCAGCUGAGCACUUCAAGACAGCUCUAUUCAUCACCUCCUCCGUGAUGCUAGCGCUUCUGCUCGGGGCAGCUGUGGUCGUGUGGAAGAAAUCUCGCGGCCGAGUCCAGCCAGCAGCAAAGGCCGGCUAUGAAAAGCUGGCCGACCCCAACAAGUCUUACUCCUCCUAUAAGAGCAGCUAUGGAGAGAGCACCAGCUUUGAAGAGGAUCAGGUGAUUGAGUACAGGGAUCGGGACUAUGAUGAGGAUGAUGAUGAUGACAUCGUCUACAUGGGCCAGGAUGGCACAGUCUACCGGAAAUUUAAAUAUGGGCUGCUGGAUGACGAUGACGAAGAUGAGCUGGAAUACGAUGACGAGAGUUACUCCUACUACCAGUAAACAGGCACCCCCCCACCAUCACCAUUCCACUCUCAGGCAUGCCUGUGAGCAUCGCUGUUUUUGGUUUUAUCCCCACACCAGGCUGAUGUGUGUUUCUAUUUGUCUUCUUUAACCAUGAAUCCAACCAGAAUAUGUGAGAAUGAUGAAAUACUUUGUUCUUUUGAGUGGCUAAACUCAAUUAACAGUUCCUGUUCAACCGUAAUUGAAGAGCAAGCAUAAAAUUCAGAGGAAUUUUCCUCAAAAUAAUGUGUCAAGACACAAAAAUGCAGGAAGUGAAAACAAAUGAGAUUUGUACAAACUCUUCUAUGUGAUUGAAAAAAAAAAAAAAAAAAAAGACAGUAGAUCUACAGAAAUUCUGCUUCCAAGCUGCAUUGUGGAGGUGUCUGCUGCCUCCUGGUAUUCUAACUUUUCUUUAUCUAAUUUUGGGGAUAAUGGAGGUACAAAGGAGUUGUUGGCUUGGUGGUGUUUUUUUCCCCUUUAGCUGUCUUUAGGCAGAGAUUUGUUUUGUAAGGGCCAAGAAAAGAGGGCUCUUAUCCGUUGAGUCCAGGCCACCCCUGGUGAGCAGAAGAGACCACCUGGGCUGGGCUGCUCAGGACCUACUUGAGAUAAGGGAAGAAAAGAGAACGUGCAUCAUAGCUGAGGAGCCAUGAGGUCCCCAGGCCCUAGUUCCUCUGCAGGAAUCCACAGUCACAACGAUUCUAAAGGCAGAACAAGCCCAGCGAAAAAGAAAUCACUGAGUCUUCAGUAACUGCACCCUCAUGAUUUUCCGAGUACUUUUCUCCUGGGAGUCGCCUGGGAUGUCAUCAGCUAAGACAUCAAAUAAUAAAAGAAAAAUGGCAGUGUGAACCUAACAUAAAAUGGAAUAAAAUGACAAACACUUCAUCUACUCUAAAAAAUUCAGAGCUUUCCUUCAUCAACAACCCAUCACAAAACCGUGGGCUCUCCAUAGAAAGAGUUGGAAUAGAGUCUAACGUGGAAAAAAAAAAUCCCAAUAUGCUGCUCACAAGCUUACUCUGGCUGCUGACCAGCCUUCCAGCACCGCUCAUCACUAUGAUUUUUGUUUCUAAACUUCCUAGGCUUCCCUUUUUCCAUUCUUCUGUCAAGUGUGUUCUUGGAUUCAUGUACCUGAGGAUAGUUUUUCUCCAGAUUGUAACACAGAGAGGGGCUCUGGCUAUGCAAAAUGAUGUUGGCACGGUCUUACAGAUUUCCUUGUCAAAGCAGACCUUACAGGCAGUACUAGGAAUGGAGCACCAGAAAGCAAAAGUGACAUUUUCAGAGAAUGAUGAUAAUUAUAAUCUAUUGCACACCUACUACCAGAUAACAAGCUAAGUAAUUCCCCCCAAAAAAUGCCCCAGUUACCCAUUUUGGUACUUACCAUACUCCCAUGAGGUUGGUAUGGUUAUUAUUCUGUUCUUGUAGGAAACCUAAGGCUUACUAGAGGUUAGAUAACUAGCCUAAGGUCAUGCAAAGCUCAUCAAGAUUCAAGAAAAAAGAAUGACCACCCUAAAGCAUGUGUUCUUGUAACUAUGCUACUGACAUAAGGUGGGAAAAUAAGUAUCCUAAAUAUAAAGGCAAGCCUAUUAUUUUAGUCUAUAACAUCAAUUUUAUGUUUACUAAAUUCAUGUAUUUUCUUUUUUUUUAACAUAAUGUAUGACUGACACAGAAAAUCUUUAUGAAGAAGUCUUCAGUUUACUAAAGGCUUGUGUUUCUUUAGAGGAAAGCUCUUAAAACAGGGCUGACAAACAGUCUCUGGAAAGAGGCAGCUAGUAAGUACAUUAGGCUUUCUUGGCCAGAAAGUCUUGUCAUAACCACUCAGCUUUGCUAUUGUAGCAUGAAUGCAGCUGGUACAUAAUGGAUGAGUGAACUGUGCUUCAAUAAAACCUUAUUUAUGGACACUGAAAUUGGAAUUUCAGAUAAUUUUAUUCUUCUUUUGAUUUUUUUCAACCUUUUAAAAAUUUUAAAAUGCAACAACUAUUCUUAAUUAACAGCAUUACAAGAACAGGUGGUGGGUCGGAUUUGGCCAACAGGCUAUACUUUGCUGACUUUAUCUUUAAAACACUUUUCAGAGAUCAUACACGUACAUGUAUGAUAUGCCUUCAAAAUUUUUGAUCAUUUAAAAUUAUCUCCUUGGCCAGGCAUGGUGGCUCAUACCCGUAAUCCCAGAACUUUUGGAGACUGAGGCAGGCAGAUCACCUGAGGUCAGGAGUUCGAGACUAGCUUGGCCAACAUGGUGAAACCCCAUUUCUACUAAAAAUACAAUAAAAAGCUGGGCGUGUUGGUGCACACCUGUAAUCCCAGCUACUCAGGAGGCUGAGGCAGGCGAAUCACUUGAGCCCGGGAGGCAAAGGUUGCAGUGAGCUGAGAUGGCACCAGUUCACUCCAGCCUGGGUGACAGAGCAAGACGCUGUCUCAAAAAAAAUAGCUAAAUAAAUAAAUAAAUAAAAUUAUCUCCUUGCCAGGAGUGGUGGUUCGUGCCUGUAACCCCAGCACUUUGGGAGCUGAGGCAGGAGGAUUGCUUGAGCCCAGGAGUUCAACAUCAGCCUUGGGCAACAUAGUGAGACCCCCAUGUCUACAGAUUUUAAAAAUUAGCCAGGCAUGGUGGUAAGUGCCUGUAGUCUCAGCUACUCAGGAGGCUGAGGUGGAAGGAUCACUUGAACCCCGGAGGUCAAGGCUGCAGUGACCUGUGAUCUUGCUAUUGCACUUCAGCCUGAGUGACAGAGCUAAGACCCUGUCUCAAAAUAAAUACAUAACAUUAUCUCUUCAAAAUGUAUCUGAAGCCCUGAUAGUUCUCCUUUCAAUCCUUAGAAAUAUAUAAAAAUAUAUGCACGAUAGCCAUCAUAUCAAUGGAAGACUUUCUCAUCUCUGUAGUUGCAGUUAGCUUACAAAAACAAGCAAUUUUGCUUAUACUUUGUUGUUCAUCUUCCAUGAUAAUUCUAAAGCUCUGAUAGACUGAGUUUGACAUUUUUUUCUGUAAACUAGAAAUUGUUUUCUAUGAAAAAAAACCUGUGUUUAUGAUACACAGUUAAAGAUUGGUUGAGGUUGAGAUGAACUUCAAUACUAAGAAAAAUUGUGGUGUUCCUCUAUGUGGCCUGCAAUGAAAAGAAGGUUCAUGCUUGUGUUUUGAGGUUUGACAUCUUUCCUUCUUUGUUUUUAGUCAUGCAACGUCAUUCUCAGAUGGCUUUUUGAAUACUAUGCUAAUGACUAUCUAAAUAGAUAAAUAUGUGGUUGGAAAACAAAGUCACCUUUUAGUUUUCUGCUUGUAAAUCACUUGGAAAUAUUAAGAGAAUCCCUGUAGACUGGAAACACACCAAGAGGCUGGGUAAAGCAUGGAAGGUUCUAGUUAAUAGAAAGUAAUUUUAAAAUUGGAAAUAAAAUUAAAUCAAGACCA